CGCCUCGUUACUCCCAGAGCGGCUCUUCCUUACCCCGCUAUACUAAGGAAAUAGAAAAAAAGAAGGGAACGAUAGAUAAGCAAGUUUGUCUGUGAGGACGGCGUCUCAAGUGGUGGACAGAAGGGGCGAAAUUGGGUGUAUUCUGGUAAACGGAGGGGGGGCUCUUCGGGCGAAGGGAGAAAGCGAGAGCGGAGCGGCGGGCGGAGGGCGGCAGACCUGGCCCUUUAAAGCGCGCAUCCACGCCGAGGGACUCAUAUUCUGAGAGGACCAUUCAGGCAAAGACCCAGCUGCCCAGGCCAUCAUCUGCCUUCCAGGAGGCAUCGACCAGGCGUUGACCAUCAGAGCAGAGAGUGGGAGCAAGUCCUUUUAUAUUGAUCUUUUCCUCAUCCUCUCGGUUUGCGAACCUGAUGGCAAAGAAUGUCUACAACUAACAACAUAGCACAGGCCCGGAAGCUGGUGGAGCAGCUGCGGAUCGAGGCCGGAAUCGAGCGCAUCAAGGUGUCGAAGGCGGCAGCCGAGCUGAUGAACUACUGUGAGCAGCACGCCCGCGGAGACCCUCUGCUGGUGGGAGUGCCUGCCUCUGAGAACCCUUUUAAAGACAAAAAGCCCUGCAUCAUUCUAUAGCUUCAUGGCCAAACUGCUCGCCCCACACCCACUGCCUCACACCCCAGGUCAGCUCCCCCCUCUACACCCCAUUCCCCCCCCUCCCUUCAGCUUCCUCUCAGAGACCAGGUAUUGGGUGCAGCCUGUCCAGCGUUACCCUUGGCCUGAGAGCUACAGGCACCCAGUUUGUCCAAGGAACCCAGUCCUUUAAAAGGAGACAGAGAGAGAGCUCCUGUUUAUCGUAAACCCCCCCCGCACAUCAGCCUGAGGUGGCUCCGUGCAUAUAUGCAUAUAUAUAUAGCUGUACCUAUGUGUAUAUGCAUAUAUACACGUCAAUAAGCAGAUACCUAGUGUGGAGAGCAGCAGGACAUAAUAUUUUUUAGUUUUUUUUAAUUGUGGGGUAAUUAUAAUUUGGAUGGAGAAGGCCAAAUUUAAUCUCUCAUUAGCCAGGUUUGGACAGUUUUCUGUGUAGACCGACACGUUGCUAACGCAAUCCGUGGGACACUGCAGGGUAAGCGUAGGUGUCCCACUUGCCCUUGUUUAUUCUGAGACGAGAAGGUUGAGGUGUGGUUCAGAACAUGAAAUUGUCCCUGAAAGGUCGCCUUUCCCCGGGGACCCCGUCAUGUGGCGUGCGUCUCGUGGCCACGCCUUCCCCCGAGUCAUGAGCAGUGCCAGUUACGCUCCAUACUGUGGCGGGUGUCCAAUGCGAGCGGCUUACCCAGGGUGUGACCUUUAUUUCUGUGUGUUCUCGUCACACUGUCCUCGGACAGCUUUGCCAAACGUGGGUCGUACCAUGUGGCCAGCGGGGGCCCACAGACUGAAACCCAGCAAGCAUCCGGUUACAGCUGCUCCCCCAGCACUGCCGGGAUUACCGUGUCGGGGGGCAGCCCGCUGCACGCUCCAUUAGCAGCUCAUGUAAGGGAGUCGCCUCACGGCAGGUGUUUCAGCUCACCGAAAAGAGCAUCGCGAGGGAAACCCCUCAUGCUGGCGGUUUCUGUGGGCUGGUCGCCUGAGGCCUGUUUGAGUUUUGUAGAAAUAUUUGGUGUUUCUUUACGCUGACAGUUUUCUCACCUGUUGCCAUAUAUAGUCAACAAAGUAUUAGAAGAGGUGUGUGAAUUAUUAAAAAAAAACAGAAACUAAAGCAACCACCUGUAGGAAAGAGGAAAUAGAGACAGAGCAUUUAAAUCAGAGGGGUUUGAGAAAAGCAUGAAAGCUGCCACAGCGGGUGAGGAGAUCCCCCUCAAAAUCCUGCUUGGUCUUUUAAGUUGUGCCAAAGUUGGGUCCGCCGCAGCACCGGUCAGGUUACACAGUGACUGAACCGCAGGUUUCACACAGUGCCAUCACCCGCUAACAGGGGAACCCGUCCAGAUUGCAAGCAGAUCGGGGUGGGGGGGAAUCGCCCCAUCCCUUAGAGAGCAGGAGAGAGUCUCAAUUCCCUGAUGGGCGACCAGCCUUUUACACACCCAAAGGAAAAGCCAUGCUCAGUUCUAGCCAGCCGAUUAAUUUGAUUGUAGAGGUUUUCGGUAUCCUCCCGUACCUUCAAAAUCUGUGUUUCUUUUGGUUUAAGAGCAUAACCUUCAGUGUAGGCUUGCUCACUUCUCUCUCCCACGAUGGUCUGCGGUGUGUAGCUCCGCCCUCGGGAGCCGGGCUCAGGGUUGUCCCGCCUCAAGUUACCUCAAGCUGACCGUCCUGUGAGUGUGACACGGCGCCCAAGGUGCUCGUCACGUUUCGUGACGUUCCAAGCAGCUUUGUGUGUUUACUGAUGCAGAGUGGUGUUCAGGAAUGACCAAGGCGGCUCAGUGUUCAGUGAUUAUGAAGGCAGCCCCCAUGCUGAACUGUGAUUGGCACAGUGACCCUUAAGUAUUAAUAAACUGUAGACUAUUCCGGUAAGUAAGAUCCAGAAUCCAUCUAUAGACACAAUGGCAGCCGGAUUCAAGGAAAACACAGAGAUACUUCUUCUUAAGCCUUGAGUAAAAUGGCAGGAUGUUCGGGCUUAUGUAAUAGGCAUGUGAUUGGUUUAGUCAUUUCUGUCACAUGGGGGCUGCUAGAUGCAUGGCCCACACAGUGGAAUCCCUGUGGAACAGCCUGUACGCAUGCAUGUGUGUGCGUGAGAGAUUGUGUUUGUGCGCAAGUCAGUGGGUGCAGUGAUGAACGGGGCAGGCAAAGAUACGCAGGUCAGUUACCGCUGCGUAACGCACCAGUCUCCAUUUAGCCCCUACCCAAAAUAGAUACCAGUGAGUCCCUCUUCAUGCACAUUUAGCACAAGGGAGUACAGAUAAUGGUCUGUGGCGGGGGGUGGGGGGGGGCAGGGCAUUAUUAAACUGGGACAAAAGUUGCAUUGUGUUUCAGGCCCCCCCAGGGUGCUGGCACGAGUGCUGCAGUAUUUAGCUGGGUCCUGUUCCACAGUGAUUAAGCGGAGUGGUAAGUCACAUGGCAGUCUGUAAAGUUCAGGAACAAGGGUCUAGCUUUCUGCUGAUCCUUUCUGGUUGCUGGGGGGGGGGGUGCUUUUCGCGUAACAUCUUUUUGUUUCUAAAAAAGGACCUAGACCAGCCAUUACAACAUCAGAUGCUUAAUACCAAUUAAUGCUGCUUUAUGCUGACAUUUUAGGCAAUCAUUAGCAUGAGAGUUGCUGCAUUUGGAUAGUGAAUUGGUCUAGGGUGUGCGGGAGACUCAGGCCAGAACUUGUAGGGCAAUACUCGACUGGGUGUCAGUCUUUGCAGGCAGAGAGAUUGUCUUGCCUAUAUGGGGAGCCAAAGAGGGUACCCAUACUGCGGCCCUCAACUUUCAGCCAACUUCAUGCAGUCUACAGGACAGAUCCCCAAGUCAGGCCAGUGAUGGGUCUUUUUGGGUGCGACUGUACAUGUCAAAACCAUACAGCACUGUAAGGUCGGGCUCCCCGAAGUCCAGCCCACUGCUGCAUCCAUAAUGUGACCCUGUUAAUAAAAGACCGAAAGGCAAAGACGAAGCACAGCAUCACAUGCUGUCUUUCUGUACACGCUAAUUUGAUUUUCAUUAAACGCUUUGAUUGGGGUCAUCGGUUUUUGUUUUUCUUUUGACUCCGAUUCAGUGAAAUGAAUAUGGUGGAAUGAGCUCAGUAGGUGUGUGACAACAGUGUUCUCCACCUUUUGCUGUCCAUCAAUGGUGCACUGUUUCGGCGGGAACGGGGAUAAAGUGGCAUGGGAGAGCACACUGAGCGGCCUUUAGGUCAGCCAUCCCCGCUACACGCAGCACCUAAUGUCACAGGGAGGAUAUAUGAAAAGCAUAGUGAAUUAUUUCUGAGAGUAUGAAUCGUCUGGAUAGUUAGUCCUUACUAGUUAUCUAGACUGGCCGUAUUUGCGUUCGUUAGUGCGUGAGUGUGCGCGUUACCCUAGCUUUUAAAACGACUGUAUGCCUUUCGGUGCGUCUGAACCUCCUGUGCUUCACGCCAUGUAGAGUAGAAGUUCGUCUCUUGGCCCUCAUGUUUCCCUUGCGCUAAAACAGUGGUUCUAGACCCUGGUUCUGGACACAGCAUCCACAGGGCAGCUUUCCAGCAGCGCUAAGCUACGCCUUGCCGUGAGUGACCAUGGUAACGCCUCACAAUGAGAGCCAGGGCUCUGCCAAAACUAGGCUUCGGAACCACUGUCGCUUGACGUGUAAAAUUCUUCUACUCGUUUUUUUUUUUGUUAUAAGAAUUACACCAGAUAAUCUCUCUUCUGAUUUUAAAUAGUCAAACUGUUAUGUUUUGCUUAUUUAGGCAGGUUAGGGUCAGAGGAUAAAUAUUAUUCAAAACGCCUUUCUGUGGUAUUUGAUCGCUAAGAUCUGGCAUGAUGGUAAUACCACAGAUGACGUGGGCAUGUGUCGGUGGGGAACCCUACAUCCAGGGUGCCAGAGAUGCUCCUCAUUUUAAUUCCACUCCACGCCUUAAUCGCUGAAUUUGAUUGGUUCUUCAGCUCGCGUAUUGUAGAUGGACACAGGUUCCAGGUACUGCUGACUGUUUUAGUACCUAGAGAGAAAUGGUGAAAAUUUUCACAAGACUGUAACACUGCAAGGAUGGGGUUCCCCGGCCCGGAGAUGGGAGCCAACCCACGAAAUCCAGCCCUAACCUCAGUCAUCAUUUUUCUAUUAGCUGAGGAUGUGUUCUUUCACAAUAGUUUUUAUUACUUUUAUUGUAUGUAUAUGUAUUUGAUCUUUUUUGUCUUGAAUUAUAAUUACAAAAAAAUGAAGAAAUCCUAAGUAUAUUAUAUAUUUUUUUGUAAUGUUUCUUCUCUGAUGUGCCAUAACCCAUGUUUUCUUGCACACUGUUUAAUAUUUUGUGGAUAUUGAUGUUAAACAAUUCAGAAGACGAUGACAUCAAAACAUACAUAAAAGAUUAAUAAAACUAAAACAAAA